UGUAAUAUCACAGCAGGCGACAUGUUGAUUUUUUUCUGUAGGUUCUGUGAAGCCGAUACGGAUCGCUGUCAUUGCUACAAAAAUGUCUUUGUAGUUAUCAGGGUGUAGGUCAUUUAAUUGUAGUCUUAUUAACUAAUACGUGCUAAUUUUCAUAUGUUAAACGUUUAAUAAAGAGAAAGAAGAGGAUCUGCUCCACCCAAUUCGAGGGUGUGUAUGAAGUGAUGUUUGACCGAUAUAGAUUUGUAUCAAAAUAAUCUCAAGCUAUUUAUAAAUAUUAUUUUCUUAACUUUUACUUAUGUUCAAACGUUAAAAGUAGCGUCUGGUCUAUAAUUAACCUGUGAAAGUUUAUAAAUAUUACAGUAUUCCAUGGUGGACUUGUGAGAUUAGUCGGGUCAUUAUUUUUGAAGGUUGCCAUUUUUAUGCUGAAUAUAUCCGUGUGUGAUGAUUUUGGGCGUGAUCGCACCAUUCGGAGGUGAUUUUUACAUGGCACGCUAGAGAUUAACGUUUGCCGAGUGACGAGUGUCAGUGAUAUCGAAUACUUCGUACGUUGGAAAAAGUGUGAGGGAGGAUGCGGGGUCAGUGAGGAGGCAGCGCGGCACCACGGCAUCCUCAGUGGCGGGCGGCGCGCGGGGAGCCGAGUCUCCUUCGCAGCCCAACCAAGACACCGUGGACAACGCCACACCCACCUGCUGGUGGGCGGCGUGGUCGGCGAUGGGGUGUUUCGGCUCACCGGGCGGCAAGAGCAGCGAGGGCGAUGACCUCAAGUCUCAGAAGCGCCGUAGCGAUGCCAUCACCCGCCAGCUGCAGAAGGAUAAGCAGUUGUACCGGGCGACGCAUCGCCUGCUGUUGCUGGGCGCUGGUGAGUCUGGAAAGUCGACCAUCGUGAAGCAGAUGCGCAUUUUGCACGUCAACGGUUUCUCCGACAAAGAGCGCCGCGAGAAGAUUGAGGACAUCAAGAAGAAUAUACGAGAUGCUAUCCUUACAAUAACUGGUGCAAUGAGCACGCUGACGCCGCCCAUACCGCUCGAGAAACCGGAGAAUAAGGCGCGCGUUGAUUAUAUUCAGGACGUGGCAUCGCAGCCUGACUUCGACUACCCUUCGGAGUUCUACGAGCACACGGAACAGUUAUGGAAGGACCAGGGAGUGCAGCGCACGUAUGAGCGCAGUAACGAGUACCAGCUUAUAGACUGCGCCAAGUAUUUCCUGGACCAGGUGCACAUAAUAAAGCAGGCGGAGUACACGCCGACGGAGCAGGACAUCCUGCGCUGCCGCGUCCUCACCUCGGGGAUAUUCGAAACGCAGUUCGUCGUCGAUAAAGUCAACUUCCAUAUGUUCGACGUGGGCGGGCAGCGGGACGAGCGGCGCAAGUGGAUCCAGUGCUUCAACGACGUGACCGCGAUCAUCUUCGUGACGGCGUGCUCCUCCUACAACAUGGUGCUGCGCGAGGACCCCACGCAGAACCGCCUGCGGGAGUCGCUCGAUCUCUUCAAAAGCAUAUGGAAUAACAGAUGGCUGCGCACGAUAUCAGUGAUCCUGUUCCUGAACAAGCAGGACCUGCUGGCGGAGAAGGUGCUGGCGGGCAAGUCGCGGCUGGAGGACUACUUCGCGGAGUUCACGCGCUACCAGACGCCGCCGGACGCCGCGCCCGACGCCCGCGACCACCCGGAGGUCGCGCGCGCCAAGUACUUCAUACGCGAUGAGUUCCUUCGCAUCAGCACGGCGAGCGGCGAGGGCAAGCACUACUGCUACCCGCACUUCACGUGCGCCGUCGACACUGAGAACAUAAAGCGCGUCUUCAACGACUGCCGCGACAUCAUCCAGCGCAUGCACCUGCGCCAGUACGAGCUGCUCUAACCGCGCCCGCGAUACUCCGCACGCGUCUCGCACCACGAGAACGUGAAGAGCAUAAAGGCAUCAGCCGGCGAUGCUCGGCCCGACCUCUCCACCUGACGACACCAAUGUACCGACACGGCACAGCAAUAUUUACACUCUAUAUAGUAUACGCCGCUACAUACACGGUGUUAUACACUAGCGACAUCUUAUCUGUGGUGGCGGGAUUAAGAAUUAAAGAAAAUGUAUGCAAAUGUCGAAAGAACUAAUGACAGUGGCGCCAUUCACAGAUAAUUUAGUCGAUAUACGCAAUCUCGCGCUCGCUCUAUGACACUCUUGUGUCGUUCGCAUGGUGUUUCCGAACGGCCCCUCGCAACCAUAGACACAGACAUGGUUUUAAAAUGUUUAUUAUUUAUGGAUUUCGUAAAAUGUCGUUCGAUUUAAUAAAAAAAUGUCUGUUCUUUACGUGCAAGUCAAAUAUUUCACUAUCCAUUAAUUUUCAAUGGAUUUUUCACAAUUCGUAGUUUUAUUGCCGCGUCUGUCAACUAUUGUCUAUGGAUAUGAAUUCGCGUUAUGCGACUUUUCAAAUUUCGAACACGACGUGAAGAUCGGAUAAUCGCUAUAGAACCUAAACAUUUCUUUAUUUUUUAAUGUUAUGUUUUAUUUUGGAAUAACCGUCAGUAAAACUGUUCAGUGUUCUUUUGGCAUUGGACAAAAAGAAAUUCUAAAUUCAUCUUUUAUUUCUUAGAUAAUUCAAUAAAGAUCUGGACAUUACAUUUCGAAAAUUAUUUGUCUAAUGAUUUGAUAUUUUAAAAAAAAAACAAGUCUAUUGAAAAUAAAAGCCGUUAAGGUAUUCUUAAACCAUUGUUUAUAUUAAGGACCAUUGGUCUGAAGGUUUUGAGGCUUUUUAGAGGUUAUAUACUAUAUUUUGAUUAUCUUCUGAUAUUGCACAAUUUUGCUUCGUCUUAAUAUUUCGAUAAUUUUACUUGUAUAAUUAAAUGCAAUUUUAUAAGCUCAAGACAUUUAUAAUUUUACUAUAAGAAGUAAAUUUUCGCACAAAUCUUGUAGCUUUUACAUAUGAAUGUAAAUUUCUUGCAUAUCUCUGAUAAAAAAAUUCUUUAUAGAUUUAUUUACAUACAUUUUUCUCGAGAAUUACGCUAUUUAAUGUGAUUAAAAUGUUUCCUAUUGUUUUACUUUUUUUUGUUAAUUAAUAGUUUUUAAGUUGUAAGUUUUAGUUUCUAUGGAUUGUCUUCCAAAUGUAGUUUUUUUAACACUUUAGAGUUUUUUUAGCCGCAAUGUAGCGCAAACUUUAAACUCUAAGCUUUGCUGGUUAGUUAAAAUUUACUUUAAUAUAUGUAGAUAUAUAAUCUAUAGAUAUAUCAUCCAGUGCGCAUAAUUAGGACAAAAAACAGAGGCCUUUUUGGGAUAAAUGACCUCAUUCUUGUCUUAAUAUAAAACGUUUCGUGAGACUUUCGAAUAGAUGUCAAAAUUAUGACACACUCCAUCUAUAGAUUAUAUAUCUACGGUAGUGUAGUACAGAGCUUUUAGAGUUAAUAUAAGGUCCAAAGAUUCGUUUACCCGUAUCCGAUGCGGGUCGUAGAUGGCAUUUUAGCAGUAUUUGAUUAAAAAAAGAAUAUAUUUUCAUUAAUUUUUAUUUCGAUUGAUAGUUUUUUAUUUUAAUUCUAAGUGUAAAUGUCAAUAACCAUUCUAACAUAAUUUUUAAUUUAAGAAAGGUUUAUGUACUUACGAUUGCAUAGUUUUGCUUAAAACGAGAGAUCUAUUUGUGUUAUUUAGUUUUGGAUUUUUUUGUGUCGUCUUUAUGUUUACAGCGCCAUUGCUAAACUUGAGAUAUGUCGGUAAAACAGUUUAAUGCUGCUGUACCGACGUACCGUCUUAAAACCUCACUAAACUGUUUUACCGACGGAAGUAAUGUUUUGACUACUCGUUUUUUUUUUCAUUGAAAAAAAUUGCAACUGUAAUAAAAAUUCAUGCACUGGGGGCUUUGUUUUUUGACAAAUGUCAUAAAUGUUAUUGCUUUGUAUAACACUGAUAAAAAUAUUUUGAUUUUCUUGUUGGUUUUAAUAAAUAUAUGAGCAGGCGAUUUGUUUUUGAUGAUUUUUUAAAUGGAACGUAAUAUUACGCUUAUUUACACUUUAUUAUUCAAAUACCAUUGUUGACAUUUGUGGAACUUUCCGCGUUUAACCAAAAACACACGUAGUUUUUUUUAUUUCGGUUUUACAACUUUUAUUAGUUGAAAUUGUAUCAUAGAUACAUAAUCUAUAGAAAUUUAAUGCGGAGCAAGAAUUAAAGCAAAAAACCUACGGAGGCUUUGGAAAAUUCGUCUCUAUGUUGUCUAUUGACAUUUCGAAUCAAUUCUCGAUUUGAUGUUAAAAUUGUUACUCCGUCUAUAGGUUAUAUAUCUAUGCAUGAACCGUGUAUGGUCCUUAAUAUAAUAAUGUAAGAUUGUUUUAGUUUUGUGCCAUAAUUUAGUGUUGCCGACGGAAACACCAUACAGAUAAUGUUACCAUAAGAUGAUCUUUGAAUGUCGAGCAAGCUAGAAAAUCUCUAUGAAUUGUGCAAUCGCCAUUUUAGGUUAUACAACAUGUUAUUUUUUUUAAUAUAUAUGACUUGAAAUAUUUUUUUAUGUUAUAUGUUAAGUUUACUUUUUGAAUAUAAGCGGAAUAACGUAUGUAUUUAUUAUGUGGUGCCAAUAGAUGUCGCCCUUUACAAACAUGUCUCGAUUUUUUAUUCUCGAUAUUCAUUUUUAAUUUAGAUUUAUUAAUCUUAGAGAUUAAACAGAUUUUAUUGAUUUUUUAAACUUAACCUCUUUCGAGGGCAAAAUUAAAGAUGCCAAAGUUCAAUGUAAUUUAUUUUUUACAACUGGCAACACUGUCACUAAAUGGGUUUAUUCGAGUAAUUUUAUUUUUAAUUUCGUUUGUUGGAUGUUUAAGGAUGAAUUGUUCUAGUUUAGUUUUGCUUGAACAAAAGGCAGCUAUCUUCGCUUGUCGACGAUCUCACGUCGCUCGACCCCGUCAUAUUGUAAACACGGCAUCUUAAAUACUUAUUGUACAUGUAACUUAAAAAGUAAAAAAAAAA